GAUUCCCCGAUCGUUUAUAUAGCAGCGGACCGCUCUCGAUUUUCAUCAGUCGCUACGCGUCUCUCGUCGCCAACGGACCUCACCACACGGCCUUAACCAGCGGAAAAACCAGGGGAAAUCGCUCGAAAAUAGCCAAGUGCAAGUGCAUAAUAUAGAACAGCACCUAGUAUCCAGCACCCAGUGUCGAACAAAAUCCUCUUCGAUGUCGAUUAACUCGCCAAUAUCGUUAAAAAACUCGGACCUGCAUUGAACAGGCAAAGGCGACCUCUAAACACAAACAAAUUGUGUAAGCCAAAACAUUAGAAACAAAGCCACGGCAAAAACCGCAAACAACAAGUUGUUUGCUUUUAGUUCGCGUUCCCCUUAUUUUAUUUUCCUUCCGUUCGGUUUUCCACGCACGCGCGUCGAGAAAAAUAUUGAAAAUACAUCGACAGUUGAAAAGCAACUGUUGCGUCCUACCAACCGAAUCGAACCCAAAUUAUCACAGACUUUUAAGUGGUAACACGAAAACCGCAGAGAAUACCAAGUUGUGUGUGAAAAAAGCGAACUAAAACCAAGAUCUUAACCAGGAAAACAACAAUUUCGUUUAUUGGGCUUAGGCCAUUGUAUGGAUCAGUCUAAACCAACGACGAAAUUUGGAGACGAGCCGGACCUCCUGUUCAAGCGAGCGCAGGGCCGGAUUAGUCUGAUCAGUGCAGGAGUAGGAGCCACGCAGGCUGGCCAAGCUGCCCAACCACCGCUGCAUUCAAGCCAACAGUUCGCCAACAUUCAACUAGACGCCACGCUCAAUGACUGCGAAAGUGGCUAUGUGCCCACCGUGGGCCGCUGGGGCUCCGAAUGGCCGACGGCUCCUCCACUGGAGGAGGCCGCUGCCGCCGCCGCUGCCCAGGAUCCGUUGCUCCCGGCGGAUCAGCAGCUGGCGGAUGCGGUGCGCGGAAUGGGACAGGGAUUGACUACGACGCGAUCUGUCGCCGCAACUGAGCACGCAACUGGACAUGGCACGGGCGCCAUCCGUCGCACACCCUCCACCUCCAGCGAGGAGGACCUGGAGGACGAGGAGCUGGUGCAUCCGACCGACCUGACACUGGUGGAUGGAUCGGAGCGCUACUCCGACAUCAGGCAGCUGCUGGCCAAACAGCAGCUCGGGAUCCCAAUCUCCCAUGCCGAGUGGGUCGUGGGCGAUGGCUACGACCUGGAGGCCUUCAACCAGGUGAACGGAGUGUGGCCCCUCGGCCAUCCGCUCCCUCUGCCCGACUGGGCGAGCUCCGAGUCCGGCAAGGGCACCCUGGUGUUCGACAACGUCUGGCAGUACGAGGAGCUGAACGGGAUCGUGGAGACCACGCUGCAGCGGAUGCUGGAGGAGACGCACUACAACACGGUCAACCUGUUCGUCGACUUCUAUCGCAGCUUCAAGCGCACCCGUCGCUCCGACCUGCGCAGCUUCUUCCAGUUCUACGACGUGCCCAUCAACAGGCGCCACCACAUGUGCGUAUCCCUGGCCUUCGAGAUCAUGGCCAGGAUAGUGCAGCUGUUCCCGGUGCUGGCCAACUACCUGUACGUGGUGUCCUGCGAGGAGCAGGUUAUGGACUGUCAAGACUACGUCCAGCUGGACGAGGAGUGCGGUCUGAACUCGGUGGACGCGGGCGUGGAGAAGGAGCACGUGAUGGUGGCCAUGCGCGUUGCCAUUGGAGAACGACGUGGUGUCAUGAUCCUGGAUCCGGGAUACCAUGUCAGCCGAGCAGUGACCGUAAUGCAGGAUCAGAGCUAUCCCCACACGGGCUGGUUCACCCAAUCCAAGGAGCCCCACCUGCAGCGGGACUAUUGCUAUGCGUACAGCCAGCAGAACGGCAAAUUCGUGGAGUGGAAGGAGCGCGAGAUCCGCGGCGAGGACACCAGCUACAAGACCUCGCUGGUGUACGUGGCCCAGGAGUACAUCACUGCGAUCGACGUGACCGUGCGCCGCAACCUGGUGUACAACUUCCGAUCGCUGCUCUCGCGGGAUGCCAAGGGUCAGGUGUACGCGGGCAUCUAUUUCCCGCUGGUGGCCAAUUGCCAGGAGUCCUAUCUGACCAUCUUCUACGACGGACCCAAUGAGCAGCGGGUGCGGACGAAGCUGAUGUUCAGCGUCUUCAAAGUGGGCAAGGGAAAGCUGCCGGAUUACGUGGGCCAACAUCUCAGCCGACUGGCGCCGCAGCUGAAGAUGCCGCUGCAGGAACUGACCGAGUUGUGUAAAUCCUUGGCCGACGUGGUCACCGAUCAGAACUUCAUCGGUCAGGUACUGGCCAUCAACGACGACAUCGGCAACAUGUCCGUAGAGAAUUGACAGUUAAAGGAGCCUAAGGAUGUCGCUGCUACGGAAACGGAAACGAAGAUGGAGAAACAGGCGAUAAAAGACACUGACAACGCAGCUGCAACUUAGAGUUCCGACCCUUUGAAUACUUUGUCCUUUCCACAGUAAUAUUCUUUUUAGUAGCACCUAGGCACCUCUCACACACCAGCACACACGAUUCAAGGAUAUAUUUCAAUUUAGUCUAGUAUAUAUUUCAAAAUAUGUAUUCACCUAAACACACGAAAACACACUCUAUAUGGUAAUCCCAAUUGAAUGAUUUAACCGAAAGCGAAACGCAAUUUAAUCAAAACCAGAAAAGCGCAAAGCUUAGAUUUCGACUUUCGCUUAGCUUCUGUUUAUUUCCAACUAAGUAUAUGCGUAUGCGCAACUAUAUAAAGGCAAAAUUAGUUUAUAACUGGUAUCGAGGCAAAAUAUAAAUUGUAAUUGUUGUAUGAACAAAUUUCCGUUUUAACACUUAAAUGCACUGUACGAUUUCGUUUCAAUAAAUAAAUCAGCUAGCAAAAGAAAAA